AAUUCACCAUAGCCGUGGGAAGCUGCCUGAUUCUUCGAGACACUAGACGCUUGUUGAAGGAUUGGCGCCUGUUAAAGGAUUGGCGCGAGUUAAGAGAUUGGCUCCAACACACUAGCGCCUCAUACCUCUGCAUGCGUUUUGUGGCCCAUAUUCUCCCUAUUAUUGGGUGUUCCUCGAUCCUGAAAGCACACCCAAGCUCAGAGGCUACGGAUCCUGGUCCCAGUCAAAUCUGGGUGAUGAGCUUUGCGAUCUUGGCCCUCUACUUGAACAUGCUAAUCGAGAUGCGUGUUAUCAAGCAGUUGGGAAUCGUCGUCAACAUCAUUCACAACAUUAUGCGCAAAAUCGUCUGGUUCAUCUUGAUCUGUUGCGUCUUCCUGGUAGCUUUCACACAUGCCUUAUUACACCUGCUGCAUACUCGGAAGUACGAUGCUUGUGAGGACGGCUGUGAGGACAGAGAUUAUCCAGACGGAUACCCGAAAAAGUUUUUUGACGCUUUGUCAGCGACAUACUUCUUCCUGGUACGGUGAACUCCGAACAAUCGAUAUCAUGCCCAUUUAAGACUGAGACUUGACAUCGGCCGCAGCAUGAUGUUGCUAAUGAUGACUACUGCAUAUAUCUGAAUAUCCAUAGGCUGGCAGAUUCGACCCCCUUGAUACAUCUUUCGAUAAGGGUUCUAAAAGCUUCCUUAUUAUGAUGAUGAUCUUUUUCUUUUUCACGAC